GUCCUGUCAUCCUCUCCCUACCAGGGCGAACUUAUUCCAAUUUCUCAUUUUCAUCCACAAGAGUUUCUCGCGGAAGCGCGCAAUGGCGGAACCGAAGGAACCACAGCAGCACCCGCACGGGCCGCACUCUUCAUCGCCAUCGCCAUCGCCAGUGAAAGAGAAAGAUGUGAAGGCUCCGAAUAUACUGGAGAGGGCCAAGGAAGAGAUGGAAGCAGUGUUUCACGCCGGGAAGGACUCCCCGCACCGCCAUCACAAAGAGACGCACGGGAUGAGUGAUGACAUUGACGAGAACACCCCGGUCGAUGAGGUGAAGGGGCCGAACGUCUUCCAGCGCGUGAAGGAGGAGAUCGAAGCCCUUGCCGAGGCCGUUCAUCCCAAGAAGGACUCUGAUGAUCGCUGAUCAUCCUUGAAGUGAGAACAUUCGAUCUUUACUUGUCUCUGCGAAGAGUUUUCGGUUACUCGAUCCAAGAUGAUGUUAGAAACUCAGAAACUUAGUCGUGUACUCGCGUUGUUUCACAUUCUUCCUGUAUAUUAGUGUUUGGUUUUGGCUUUGAGCGCCAGGAUUGUGAGUUUGCAUCUCGUGUCUCUAUUUACUUCAGCUUCCUCGCGCGGCACCAAGUUGAUUUGCUGCGUUUAAAUUGCUCGAACCGAUACAAAGAACAAACGACGCAGAUUAUAGAAUCAAUCGGACUCGACAAAAAAGGGAAUAUUUAGUGAGUUUUUCUUCUGGUAUGGGAAGUGUAUUGUAAUGAGAUCGCCAUGAAACAUCCAAGCUGGCUUCGGCUGGCGGUUGGAUUCCUCGUA